AUGGAGGACGACUUUCGGCCGCAGGUGAAGGAGGUGGCUGUGGCCAUGGGUGCUUCACUCACAGAGCAGGACAUCGACCGCAUGCCAAGGGAGAUGACAACGCAGGGAAACUUCAACUACAGCAGGUUUCUCGAGUACAUGAGGCAGUUCAAGACUUCAGAGCAAAGAGAAGAAGCCAUUACAAAGGCCUUCAUGAUGCUGGAUAAAGAUGGCAGCGGCUAUAUAGAGUGGAAUGAGAUCAAGUACAUUCUGUCAACUGUACCAACUGCAACCCCAUCAGCUCCUCUCUCUGAUGCGGAGGCGGAGGCCAUGAUCCAGGCAGUUGACACCGAUGGAGAUGGACGCAUCAACUACAGAGAAUUUUCAGACAUGGUGAAGAUGGAGAAGAAACCGAGGAAGUAGAGGUCACGUGGUUUAUCUGUGCUCCAGAUUGUUCCUACAAAGAGACUGUGAAAGAUAGGAGAUGAUGACAAAGAGGUCCUGCAUACCAGAUCUACCUUCCCUAAAGAUGAUCUCCAUGAUCUCCUGUGGAUCAUGAAAUGGGGGAGUGCAAGGACUGUUAUCAGUACAGUUUCUUAAAUUAAUUAAAAAAGAACAAAACGUGA